GAGGCAUAAUAAUAGCAUCUGCUUCACAGGGGCUAUUGCUAGGACUGGAUGAAUCGAUACACUUAAAGCAGCAGAACGGCGUUUGGCGACAAUACACGCCCUGCGGUGAAGUCAUGUGUUACUAUUUUGAUACGGAUCAGUGAUCCCCACAGCCAGGUCUCCUUUUCUGAAUCAGCGGCUGCGGUUAUGGACGUGUGUCUGAGCUCCGAGCAGCAGCCCGGGCGCCUGCAGGAAGCACCGUGCACCCCAGAUGGCUGCUUAGAGCCGGCGGAGGGGGGUCCCCAGGAGGACAGCACCAAUGGACCCCCAGGAGAUCCGAACAAGAUAGAACCAUCUCUUCGUAGCCUCCAGAAAUUUGUUCCUACAGAUUACGCCAGCUACACUCAGGAGCACUACCUGUUUGCAGGCACGAAGAUCGUCAUCCAAGAGUCAAUAGAGAGCUACGGAGCGGUGGUGUGGCCGGGGGCUACGGCUUUGUGUCAGUAUUUGGAGGAACAUACAGAGGAACUGAAUCUCCAAGAUGCUAAGAUACUUGAGAUUGGUGCUGGACCAGGCCUUGUCUCCAUUGUGGCCAGUAUUUUAGGAGCUCAAGUCACAGCAACGGAUUUGCCUGAUGUCCUCGGAAACCUUCAAUACAAUCUUUUGAAGAACACAUUAAAACGUGCAGCGCAUCUGCCAGAAGUGAGAGAGCUGGUUUGGGGAGAGAGCCUGGAGCAGCACUUCCCCAAGUCGACGUUUUAUUACGACUAUGUUCUGGCCUCAGACGUGGUCUACCACCACUACUUCCUGGACAAGCUGCUCGCCACCAUGGCGUACCUUUGUCAGCCAGGGACGGUGUUGCUUUGGGCCAACAAAUUCAGGUUCAGCACCGAUUACGAAUUCUUGGAUAAAUUCAAGCAAGUUUUUGACACAACACUCGUGGCUGAAUUUCCAGAGUCAUCAGUCAGCAUUUUCAAAGGAAUACUAAAAUGGGACUAAAUUAAGCAGAAUGCCCUUUGAAACAUUAGUGUGUCUUUUGAGCAGUGUUAGAACUUGUUAGACUUUUUGUGAGGUUGAGGGGUGGUGCAUAAAAACGACUGGUGUGCCUGGAAUAAACUAAUUUAAUGUUACAGCAGCUUUCUAAAAUAACCUAUUUACGAUCACCUGGUUAAUCUAAAUAUCUACAAAGAGUAAUAUUGAAAACAAAAGUAGCUGUGUUGGCUUCCAAAAAGUC